AAAACAGGAACGUACCAGAGUGCAGCGGUGUCGCAGUCGGACCGUUCCGGGUGAAUAAGUGGGUGAAAGGUCCUAGUCAGGAGUGACAGCAGCACACAAACACACCUCACAGAGACACCGCCGACCAGUCUGUUGUGUUUCAGCAAACAUGUCCAAACAGCAGCCGAUCAGUCCGAUGAAGAACUUCUUCGCAGGAGGAUUUGGAGGCGUUUGCCUCGUCUUUGCUGGACAUCCACUCGACACCAUUAAGGUGCGUUUACAGACUCAGCCCAAACCGAAACCUGGAGAAAGCCUUUUGUAUGCUGGAACCAUCGAUUGUCUUAAGAAGACCUUAGCCAAAGAGGGUAUGAAAGGACUCUAUAAAGGCAUGGCGGCCCCGCUCAUUGGAGUUACACCCAUGUUUGCUGUUUGUUUCUUUGGAUUUGGAAUGGGCAAGAAAAUGCAACAGAAAACCCCUGACGAGAUCCUUACGUAUCCACAGCUUUUUGCUGCAGGGAUGUUGUCUGGUGUGUUCACCACAGGCAUCAUGGCUCCUGGAGAGCGCAUCAAAUGCCUCCUACAGAUCCAGGCAUCAACAGGAGAGGUGAAGUAUGCAGGGCCCAUGGACUGUGUCAAACAGCUGUACAGAGAGUUUGGGAUUAGAGGAAUCUACAAAGGCACCGCGCUGACUCUCAUGAGAGAUGUUCCAGCCAGUGGGAUGUACUUCACUUCCUAUGAGUGGUUAAAGAACGUCCUCACACCAGCAGGAAAAAGCCACAACGAGCUCAGCAUUCCCAGUGUGCUGUUUGCUGGAGGGAUGGCUGGGAUCUUUAACUGGGCAGUCGCAAUUCCAGCCGAUGUACUCAAGUCUCGUUUCCAAACUGCUCCUGAAGGAAAGUAUCCCAAUGGAUUUCGGGACGUUCUGCGGGAGCUGAUCAGAGAGGAGGGCGUCGGCUCGCUGUAUAAAGGCUUCAACGCCGUCAUGCUUAGAGCUUUUCCUGCAAACGCAGCUUGUUUCUUAGGAUUUGAAUUUGCAAUGAAGUUCCUGAACUGGAUGGUACCGGACCUGUGAGGAGGUUUCAGCAUCACCUCGAAUGUGAAUCCCAGGAACACAAUGCAAUUAUUAGACACACACACACACACACACACACACACGCAGUAAAUCACAAAGAGAUUUUAACAGUGUUACAACAAUGUGCUUGAUUAUCUUUGAAACUUCGUAGUACUGUAGAGUGUGGAUCAUUCGGACUUGCGGAGGAAGCAGAGCAGAGAUGUUGUGAUGACUUGGUACCGGUACACAAACAAACACACACAGUUGAAUGUUCCUUUUUUUUGUUUUACUUGUUUUCUUUAUAUUGUGUUUUUAUAUAAGAAAAGAAGUGAAGUAAACAUGCCGUGCCUUACCUUUGUUAUCUGCGAGCAGAUGUACAUAUCAGGGAAAAGGUGAUUUAUGUUUUACUGCGUUUGAUUAUUCUCUCGGCAAUACACAUCUUUCAAACUGUCUGCUUCCUGUGAGGUCAGUGGCCACCAAUGCUGUCUGUCUAUGUUCAUGAGAAAUUAUGAGAGUGGUAAUAACAAGUUGUAUUGAACAUGACAUGAAUGUCAAAAUGUAAAGAAAUUAAAAAACAGAAUCCAUAUUUAGAAAUGC